AUGGAAGAUACCGUCGCACAGAUCUUCGAGGCGGCGACCGGACUGCGCCUCGACGACGUGCCUGACGACGUUCCGCACCGUCCCAGUGAGGUUGAGCGCCGCUUCACGCGUCACGAGAUCGAAGUGAUUAUGCUCCUGUCCAUCGAGGAAGGGCUGGUCUUGCCACGCCCCUCUGGUCAGGAGAAUGGGAGGCAAGAAAGGCGUAAUCGUCCCGAGCUUUCGCAGAUGGGGCCUAUGAACGAGGACCGCGCGGCGUUGAUGCUGGAUUCCUUCCGCGGGAUGAUGCGGCGGGCGAACAAUUGGCGGGAGACCUUGCAGGCACUCAAGUCGGCCGGGUGCUUCCUCACGACGAUGACGGAGGUGACCAUUGAUGAAGCAUGGCGCGUGUUGCCGCAGGGGCCCCCUGAACAAGCCUAG